AUGUCUCGCAAUAUCUGUAUUACUGCAGUAGACGGCCACACCGGUUUCGCUAUUACCGAGCUCCUACUGAAAAACAAUGACUUCAAGAAAGAAAUUGGCUCAAUCAUAGGCUUAGCACUGCACCCUCAUUCUGAGUUUGCCAAAGAGCUCGCUGGGCUCGGGGCUAAGAUCGUUCCACACAAGCCCGGACGAGUGAAAGACAUGACCAAAACCCUGCAAGACUCUGAUGCAGACACCUUAUGCCUUAUCCCUCCGGCACACGAAAACAAACUUGACUUGACGACGGAGCUGAUCGAGGCUGCGAAGAAGGCAAAUGUACCAAAUGUUUGCUUUAUCAGCUCCGCGGGCUGUGACCUUGCUGAACGGAAUCGUCAGCCCAGACUGAGAGAGUUUAUUGACCUAGAGACUCUCGUUCUAUCUUGCAAGGGAGAUUCGAUGACGACUACAGGCCAUUCGCCAGUUGUCAUUCGAGCUGGAUUCUAUGCCGAAAAUCUUCUUCUGUAUUCUCAACAGGCACAGGCCGAGGGGGUCCUUCCACUGCCAGUUGGGAAGGAUCAUAAGUUUGCACCGAUUGCCCUUGGAGAUAUCUCUCAAGUUGUCGCUCACGUUUUGACUGGCAAGGGGAAGCACGGCUUCAGUGAUAAACACCGCGGUCAACUGAUUGUCCUGACAGGGCCAAUGCUCGCAACUGGCGAUGAGCUCGCUGCGGCCGCGAGUCAGGCGCUAGGGCAAGAGAUGAAAUUUGAAGACAUAUCCGAGGCAGAAGCCAAGAGGGUUCUACGCUCUCAAUCGACUAGUGAUUCCUCCGAGCUGCAGUAUUUACUUGAGUAUUACUCGCUGGUUCGGGAGGGCAAAACGAAUUACAUUUCGACAACUGCCUUCCACGACAUCACUGGUGCCCAUCCUCAAGAACCUAAUGAGUUCUUCAAGACUUAUGCCCAGGAAUUUAAAAUAAGAACUGGUAGCAAGCGUCGUAAGGCCAACGGAAAGUAG